ACACUAAAUGUGACAGAUUCAACCCUUCCGAGCACCAGCUCAGCUCUUCACUUAUUACCUGUCACUACCACGCUUUGAUCUAUGUCGUGACGCACAGACAAUUAAUUGUUUUUUUCACAGUGCCAGGCUGUUUUUAUUUUUCAAUCAAAACGGAAUCGUUUCUGUAGUUUUUCCAUCAGUUUCCCCCGUAAUACAUUACUUUUUGUCCGAAGACUUUGAAGACAUUUAUUUUGUGUUAAACAUGGCCACACCGGCUGCGCUGCUGCCCGCGACACCGAUGGCUCACGCGCCUCCAAUCUCGGUCUCCGCCGCUGCCAAUUCCUCGACCCCCGCGACCCUCUCCCCUCCACAGACAGUGGUAAUCCCCGCCGGACCGAGCCUCUUCAGAUCGGAACUGCUCUCCUCCGCAAGCCCGGGUAUCCCCAUCGGUGGUCUCCCUCACAAACCCGUAUAUUCCACCCCUUCUCCUGUGGAAAACACCCCACAGAACAACGAGUGCAAAAUGGUCGAGGUCCGAGGCUCAAAACUCGCAUCUUUCACUGUAAACGGCAAUGAGCUAAUUUGCCUCCCGCAGGCGUUUGACCUCUUUCUCAAGCACCUGGUCGGUGGACUGCACACCGUGUACACGAAACUCAAGCGUCUGGAGAUAACGCCAGUGGUGUGCAAUGUGGAGCAGGUUCGCAUCCUCCGUGGACUGGGCGCGAUUCAGCCUGGGGUCAAUCGCUGCAAACUAAUAUCGAGAAAAGACUUUGAAGUCCUGUAUAACGACUGUACCCAUGCAAGCUCCAGACCUGGCAGACCUCCCAAACGGACACAAAGUGUGACAUCAUCCGAGAGUCCUCACGUCCUGCCCCAUUCCGUCUCUGGACUCAUGUCCUCAGGAAUGAUGUCUCACACUGGCCUAACAGCUGCCACGCUCGCUGAAGCCAUGACGAAGAAAAUCAAAUUGGAGGUGAUGAAUAGUUACCAUGGCAAUAACAACCACAGUGCAGAUUCUGAGAAUGGUGACAUCACCUCCAGUAUGGGUUUGGAACUGCCAUUUAUGAUGAUGCCACAUCCCUUGAUUCCAGUCAGUCUCCCUCAUGCUUCAGUCACCAUGGCAAUGAACCAGAUGAACCAUCUCAACACUAUAGCCAGUAUGGCUGCUGCUGCUCAGGUCCAGUGUGCCCCAUCCAGAAUGGUGACUUCAGUCAUAAAGGAACGAGUUCCAGACAGCCCGUCACCCGUGCCAUCUUUGGAUGAUGGCCGCAGGUCAGGUAGCCACUUAUCCUCCAGACAGAGCAGCAGCGUGUCCAGCUCUCCUGCCCACACAGAGAGCUCCUCCGAUCGGCCACAUUUACAUCAGAACGGUCUGUCUCUUGGCCACGCCUUGUUAGGCCUGUCUCCAAGUGCACCACCAGGACCAAAAGAGGGUGAUCUGGCAAACCACGACACAGGCCAUGAAACAAAGAGGACACAUACAGAAAAAGAUGAGAAUGUCCUGUGCACCCCCGCAUCUCGAGACAACUAUGAGAGAGUGUCUCACCCUGCGCAGACAUUACCUUCAGGAUUCCCUGCUCCGCUGCUCUUUCCUGAGGGCCUGUCCUCCAUAGAAACCCUCCUCACCAACAUACAGGGACUAUUAAAGGUAGCUAUUGACAAUGCCCGGGCACAGGAGAAGCAGGUGCAGCUGGAGCAUACAGAGCUGAAGAUGGAGCUGUACAGGGAGAGAGAGCUGCGGGAGACGCUGGAGAGGCAACUCUGCGUUGAGCAGAAAAACAGAGCAAUCAUCCAGAAGCGACUGAAGAAAGAGAAGAAGACCAAAAGGAAAUUGCAGGAGGCUCUGGAGGUCGAGUCCAAGAGGCGUGACCAAGUGGAGCAGACCCUGCAGCGGACGGCCUCCAGCAAGAGAUCACCCACUCAGAACGACCCUCCACAGGAAAUGGAGACAAACCAUAACAUCAUCAAAACAGACACUGACAGAACAAUACAAGAUGGAAGGCUCUUUCUAAAGUCGGCAAUGAUGUACUGAGUAAUGAAAAGAGGGGGCAGAGGAAACACAUUGGUCAUACUGUAUGGGGAGGGUCUGUAAUCAACUGGCUGGUAAAUAAUGUCUGCAAUUCUUCUGGUGGACUGAUGAGAACAAUGAGGCAAUUCUGUAACUUGAUGUCAGUGUAUUGCAGCAAAGACUUGACAAGAUUAUUAUGGACAUUGAAUGUCAACAUUCAGUAGGCUGGAGUGUGAGCCAGGGUUUAACUAGGGCUGAAAAGGAAGUGAUGUCACCAUGCACACCUGGUUGAAUGUUUUCAGUGGGCUUAGAAUUAAAUAACAGUUAAUAGAGCAUUUAAAUCUGCCUGACUACACUGACAUAUAUAUUCAAAUUAGAUUUUGCCAUUUAAUGCCCUUUUACCAUUUCACAUUUAAGUCUGUUGAUAGAAUAAUUUCUAAUAAUUUCUAACACUAAGAAGGUGUUGGAAGAGAUAUUUGAAUUUAUUUAGUAAUUUAUCAAAUAUAAACACUGCAUUUAAACGCGUAUUGUGUAUUUGUCUGUUAUUUCAAAAAAAGAAGGUAUUGCUGUCCAGAUUUUUGUUUGUCAUUGUUGUAUAAGGAAUCAGAGCAGUCUCAAAAUUCAUAAAAUAUGAAACAUGUACAUAAAAGUGAAGAAAUGCUACUGUGCAUUGUAUGCUGUAGAUCUAGGAAAUCAAUACAAUUUUUUAAUAAGAUUUCUUGUAUCUAAGUUAUUUUUUUGUUCAGUUGCUGUUUAUUAUCAUACCCAACAUUGAGAGCAUGCUGGCAUGUUGUUACUUCUGUCCUGUCCAUCUGGAAUACAAUAAAGAUUUUCCCACAUGCUUUACAAAGGAGACUUUUCAAAACGGACUGAUACUUGUUUAGUCU